UGGCUCUGCUAUAAAGCCUCAACCGACAUGAUCGCGACGCCUCCAGUGGCUUCCUCGGUGCCUGACUCUGUGCCGGGCAGCGUCUUUGCCCUCAAGCACUAUGCAGCUGCUUCUUGCUCUGUUGGCGCUGGCUUACGCAGCCAGUUCUACCGCAGGUGAGCACUGGUGCUAUGAGAUCCAGGCCAAGGAGCCCAACAGCAAUUGCCAGGGACCUAACCAAUGGACUGGGGACUGUCAGAAGAACCACCAGUCCCCCAUCAACAUCAUCACCAAGGAGGCAAAGGUGAACCCCGACCUGAAGCCCUUCGCCUUCCUUGGCUAUGACCAAAAGAAGAGGUGGGAAGUCAAGAACGAUGGACACUCAGUGAAAAUGAUGCUGGGGAACGGAAGCUUCAUCACUGGAGGAGACCUGCCUGCACAGUACCAGGCUGUGCAGUUGCACCUGCACUGGUCACAGGAUUUGAACAAAGGCUCAGAACACAGUAUUGACGGGAAACACUUUGCCAUGGAGAUGCACAUCGUACACGAGAAGGGGACAUCAAGCAACGCAGUUGAGGACUCCAAGGACAAGAACGCAGUGCUGGCAUUCAUGAUUGAGGUGGGAGAUGAGGAGAACAAGGCCUUCCAGCCCCUGGUGGAGGCGCUGUCCCGUAUCUCCAAACCCAGUACAAACACCACAGUGAAUGAGAUCUCCCUAGAGGACAUGCUUCCUAAGAAGGAGAAACUGGUUCACUACUUCCGUUACCAGGGCUCGCUGACCACGCCAACCUGUGAUGAGACAGUCGUCUGGACUGUGUUCGAGGAGCCCAUUAAGCUCCACAAGGACCAGUUCCUGGAAUUCUCCAAGCGGCUCUUCUACGAUGAAGAACAGAAGCUCGCUAUGGAGGACAACGUGAGGCCCGUGCAGCAGCUCGGAGACCGCCAGGUGUUCAGGUCCCACGCCCCAGGACAGCUGCUGGCUUUGCCCCUGCCUACCCUGGUGGUCCCUACACUCACCUACCUGCUGGCCGGCUUCCUCCAGUGAUGGACCGCUUCUGGAUAUGUGACCUCUGACCUCAGCCUUUAGAGGAUACGGCUUCACUUUCCUAGACUUGCAGGUUGGAUUUUGGGGAUUAUUAAAGUACGGGUAGCUGGCCGUGGAGGCACGCACCUUUAAUCCCAGCACUGGUGGGGGCAGAGACAUGUGGAUCUCUGAGACUGAGCCCGGCCUGUUCUCCAUAGGGAAUUCUAGGCCACCCAGGGUUGGUUACUAAGGGAGACCCUGACCAUCAGGCCCUUCCCACAACUGAACAAAAUAAAAUAUGCAUAUAUUUUUGGAGAAA